AUGUUGAACCCGAUUAUUCUCUGCUGUCUUGCUACUCUAGCAGCUGCGGCACCACUGACUGGCAGUUGCAACGACUACGCCCUUCUCGACGCUCGUGGUACUUUUGAACCUCAGGGCCCCUCUGCUGGAUUCAAUAUCAUGGUCGCCAGCACUCUUUCUGCUCUUCCCGGUGGAGUUGAGUAUGAUGUGGUGUACCCGGCUUCCCCCGAUAUUUCGCAGAACAGUACCUUCAUCGGCUCCGAGGAUAUCCAAAACUACAUCAACAACGGCUACGCGGCCUGUCCUGACCAGAAGUACGCGCUCUUGGGAUACUCACAAGGCGCCACUGUUGUUCUCGAGGCAUUGCAGGCCUUGUCUGGUUCGAAGCCCGGCCAGCAGAUAAAGGCAGUUCUGUUGAUCGGAAAUCCCUACCAGGUCAGUGGCCAAGCCACGACAGUGGAUGAAAACAAUGGCAACAUUACCCGUGGUUUUGAUGGUGCCCUGCUGCCACUGGCUGGCAGUCUCAGCUUAGACCCUAAGCUACCCCAAGAUGGCACGGCUUUGAACAUCUGCUAUAUUGGAGAUCCUGUCUGCACAGGUCUUGCGUUUGCCGUUACAAGUGGUUUGCAUCUUGCUUAUCCUCUCGACGCGGCCGUGCAGCAGCUAGGAGCGAAACACCUCCUUGCAAGGCUUAGUUAG